AUGGUGAGGAUCAAGGCGGUGCUCUUCUGGGCUCUGGUGCACAGUUACUGUGGUCUCUGCGCCUGCAUCGAGCUGCUGAAACUUUUGUGGAGCCUGGGCACCAGGCCAGGCAAGACCUUCCAGUGGCUGGUCCGAGAGAACCCGCCGGGAUGUCUCAGUGACCCUUCCUUGGGCACUCACUGCUAUGUCCGGAUCAAGGAUUCUGGGCUGAGAUUCCACUAUGUAGCUGCCGGAGAGAGGGGUAAACCUCUUAUGCUGCUUCUUCAUGGCUUUCCAGAGUUCUGGUACUCUUGGCGACAUCAAAUGCGUGAAUUUAAGAGUGAAUAUCGAGUUGUGGCCUUGGAUUUGAGAGGUUAUGGAGAAACAGAUGCUCCCUCCCACCGAGAGAAUUACAAGCUAGAUUGUCUGAUUACAGAUAUAAAGGAUAUCUUGGAGUCUCUUGGAUACAGCAAGUGUGUGCUGAUUGGUCACGACUGGGGUGGAAUGAUUGCUUGGCUAGUUGCUAUUUGUUAUCCAGAAAUGGUGACAAAGCUUAUUGUUGUGAAUUUUCCGCAUCCCUCCGUUUUCACAGAAUACAUUGUGCGGUGUCCAUCACAGAUGAUUAAAUCUGCCAACUACUAUUUCUUCCAAAUGCCAUGGUUUCCGGAACUUAUAUUUUCAGUAAACGAUUUUAAGGUGUUGAAAAACAUCUUUACCAGCCAUUCCAGUAGAAUUGGAAAGAAAAGCUGUGGGUUAACAGCAGAAGACAUUGAAGCUUAUCUUUAUGUAUUUUCCCAACCAGGAGCGUUAACUGGUCCCAUUAAUCAUUAUCGAAAUCUUUUCAGUUGUCUGCCACUGCAGCAUCAUGAAAUCACCAUGCCUACUCUAUUGGUAUGGGGAGAAAAAGAUCCUUUUAUGGAGGUUGAGAUGGCGGAAAUCACAAGGAUUUAUGUAAAAAAACAGUUUCGACUUACUGUUCUGUCUGAAGCCAGCCAUUGGCUCCAAGAAGAUCAGCCUGACAUUGUGAACAAGUUGAUAUGGACUUUUCUAAAAGAAGAGUCAAGAAAAAGAGAGUGACUCUUUUGACAGGACAACUGAAAUGCUAAAAGAUCAAAGUUCAAUGUAAGCAAGGCCACGUUAACAGCAAAAUAUUAAAUUAAAUUAUGCUAGAGAAGAUAUUUUCAAUGUACUGUAUAUAUUGAUGCCAAUAUUCUUACCAGGGUGGUGUAAGACUAUGUAACAUUAAUGUUGGUUUUACCUGUAUUGUGUAUUUUGCACAUGGAACACUUGCCUUAAAAUGUUUGUGCUUGUACAGUAAGGAACUCGUAGAAAGUUGCUUAGUUUUGGUUACUUAACUUGCUUUAAGAUGUGUGGUGCCUUUUAUGAAUUUAUAAUUAUCUCAGUGCAGGGGUACCAGUUGUAAAAGAAACAAUUAUUGGUAAAAUGUUCAAUUUUCAUUCUACUGGUUGGAAUUUUUUUAACUAUAUUUUUAUCAUUAAAAAUGUUAAUAGAUCUUUUGAUCUACAGUAUAUAUAAUUUUAGAAGUCUAAAAAUGUUUGGGCACACCGGAAAUCAAUCAGAUAUAACCAUAAAAAUGAUUGCUUCUUGUGCAGUGGUAUAAAUUUUAAAAAAUU